AUGGUCUUCUCCACGUUGGCGUCCAGGGAGCGCGUCCAAAGCGCCGUGCCGCGCGCCGAGCUGGUGCUGGAGGAGGCCACGCUGAUCAGUUGCUUGCGACGGGCUUGGCACGACAGUGACUUUCGUGAGUGGUCUGCUGACGUCCUGCGGCUGCCAUUCCGCGCCCGCACUACGCCCUUGCCAGAGCAGAUGUUCGUGGUGUUCUUCGAGGGUGGCGCCUGGGGCCACGAGCGAGCGGACAGCAUCAUGCAGUUCGGUGGCCCGGUCCAGCGGAAGGAGCUCUUGGACCUGAUGGCCACAGCUCAGUGCCACGCCGACGGGCCCCGUCGGGCCCAGGGUCUGCCCAACGGGCCGCCGCCGACCCGCUGGAUCACCAGCGGAGGCACGCUCGAGGCGCCGCCUGCAGCGGCGCGGGCGCGCGCGGGGCAUGGCGUGGACAUGCGGUUCGACAUCCUGGCCGACGCUGUGGCCGGAGUUGGAGCGGGCCAGUCAACCGCGAAGGUUUGGCGCGUGGCCGAGUCUGGCCUGGCCUUCGGGGAGAUGGGCAGCAUCGUCGCGCGGGCGCGGCGCGUCGCCCUGUCCGACCGCGCCUUCCACGAGCUGCGGGUGCUCGCCGAAAGCUUCGAGAUGUUCGGCUGCUACGACCAGGCGAACGCGCCGCGCCUGGCCAGGAUCGAGGCCCACGGCGCCAAGAGGCACGCGGAGAAGGCGCUGGGGGGCAGCGCGCACGGCGGCAGCCUGACCAUGAUGCGCGCGGAGCGCCUUCCCAGGAAGAAGCCGCCAAUGUUCUGGUCCGAGGUCGCCUGCGACGCGGGGGAGACCCGCGCCGCCGUCGCGCCUUGCGGGUUUGGAUCCGCCUCGUUCCCCGAGCGCGCCCAUGGCGCAGCAGACGCGACGGAGGUGCUGGGCGCUGAGGGCCGCCUGAUCAUCGAGGGCUGGCUUAGCGAGACGCCAGAGGGUAUCAAACCGUUCUGGGACAGCAAGCUGUCGAGCGACCGCGAGAUCUACCGGCGGUUCAUCCUGGGCCUCAACCGACGGGGCGCGAUCAGGAUCGAGUGCGAGCCUGCCCUUGGGGGCGGCCAUGAUUAUUGCUUCACGCUGGGGGUCGGCGACGUGGAGAACAGUUGCCGUCGCUUGCGGCUUCCCGACGGCGUGCGCCGGCGCUGCGCCCCGCUGCCGACCCCAGCGAAGUGCGCGCCGCUGCGGGGCGCCGCGGCGGUCCUGGACAGGGUGCGCCAGCUGGGGCCCAGCGGGGGGAUUGCGGACCACGCCGAGCCGAUCGCGCUGCGGAAGGGGGCCGAGGUGCGGCGCGCCUUGUGCGCUGACGACCUCGACGUCAUCGGCGGCGCCGAGCCCCCCGCGCGGCCGGCGCUCGGCGCUGGCUGCGCGGCCCUGGGGGCGGUCGGCCUGAAGACGCACGGGCGCGAGUUGUCGGCGGGCGGAGGCGAGGCGCUAGGCUGCGCGCUGCGCGGCCACCGGCUCGAGACGCAGGAUCGGGCGGCCCCGAGUGCAUUCAACGCCCGUUGCGCCGUCAUCCAUCGCUGCGGCGACGCCGCGGCCAUCGCGUGGCCGACCGUGCGGUGGGGGCUCCAGUCCUUCAUGGGCAUGGUUCCCCAGGCCGGCAGGUGCUCGCCCCCGGCGGCGCGGGCCGCCAAGCCCGCCGCCGCCGCGGCCGCCGCCCGCAGCGGCGCCGAAGCGUUGGAGGGCCUGUCGGUGGAGGAGGCCGCGACAGGGCCCCCGGUCACCGCCGUCUGCGUGGAGGCCGACAGCGACCCGGGCAGCGGCGCGCUGGCGGCCGCGGCGGAGAGCUCGGACAGCGACGACCUGGGCGACGCCGCGAUGGCGCGGUGCAAGCGAAGCGAGCGCCGCGAGGCGGCUGCGGUCAUAUUCAGUUUCACGUGCUACCUGAGGCCGUCGGAGGUUGGCGCGCUCGACGACGGCCUCCAGCUGGGCAUGGCCUCGCUCAAGUGGCUCGACGUGGUCUGGCGGGGGUUCAACUCGAGGGCAGCGGCGGAGCGGGCGUUCCCGUUCCCCCGCCAGGGCCCGCUGGCCGACGCGCAGGCCGCCGGCGCCGCGCUCGUCAAGCUGGUGCCCCACCAUCCCCGACACAGCGGAGCCUCCCACGACAGGCUCAGGAAUCUCCGCGGCCUGCCAGAUGUGAUGAAGAGGGGCGACGUGCAGCUGUACUUUUGCGUGCGCACCUUCACGGCGCUGCAGGUCCGCGUGGAGUCCCGCAGCGCGGCUGCGCACACGUACGGCCUGAGGCCCGAGGACAUCAGUGGCCAGGGCGGCGUCUACAAGCUCGCCUGCGAGCGCUCGCCGCACAGGCUGCAGGUCAAGGUGCAGCCCUCGCUGGGGCUGCGGGACCUCCUGCCGGGUGCCUGCGACGAGGCGGCUGGUCCAGCUGGCCUGGACAGGCCCACGAUCGGGGCGCUGAUGGGCCUGUGCUGGGCGCUCGCGCGGCUCGUGGAGGAGCCGCACUCGGAGCGCGUGGCGCUGUCCUCUCCGUCGGGCGAGGUGCCCAAGCACCUGCGGGACCUGGUGGCCGACAGGGCGCUCCUGCAGGCCUUCCUGGACAGGUGCCCCGUCUUCAGCUGUUCGGGCGAGCCGACGCCGGGGUGGCUCAAGUUGGCCGAGCACACCAAGCAGAAGAGCAGGGGCCUCCUGUUGAAGUCGUUGUUCGAGGUGAAGAUGAUGAUCAUCAUCGCCCUGAACAGGCUGAAGCGGCGCCGCUCCGAGCUGUCGCAGGAGCGCCGGCAGGAGCUGGAGGGAGUGGCGAGGGGGGCGCGACGGGGGCAGAUGGCGGCCGCCGGGUUCUCAGAGAUGGUCGAGACGAUCGGCAGCGACGACGAGGGCGAGGGGGGGCCGCCGACCGACGCCCCCCUGUGGCAGCUGCGCGACGACGACGAGAAGGAGGCCGCCGACGACGCCGCGGCGGGCGACGAGAAGGAUGAGGCCGCCGACGGCGCCGCGGGCGAGAAGGGCGAGGCCGCCGACAGCGCCGCCCAGAACUGCGAGAUUGGCUUCGAGGAGGAGUGUCGGAGUUCGUGCAGGAUCAAGAAAGGCGCGCGGCUCAAGGAGUUCGCCCGGUCGAUGGAGAUCGACGACCCGCUGUGGCCGAUUGCGAGGUGGGGCGAUGGCAUGGCGAGGAAGGUGGGCGCGGCUUUCCCCGGAGGUGCGGGCAUGUUCUGGAAGCGCGAUCGGAUGCCGCCGCGCAUCCAGAGGCGGCGCGAGAGAGGCGACGACCUGCUGCAGCUCGAGGAUGCGCGGCCGGAGAUCGACAAUAAUCAGGUGCGCGCGGCCAAAUUCGACUCGUUCCACGCGGUGCUUGAGUUCGUGCAAGAGCCGGCGCGCAAGUGUUUCAGUGAAAGCCUGGCCGAGAUGCAGUGCGAGGGGCUCGAGGCGGAAUGGGUGAAGUUCUUCGCGAGCCGCCUGAACGCGCAGGUUUUGAGUGCUACAUCCCCGCCCGACCAGAAGGAGUCGCACGGCAUCGUCGAGCUGAUCAUCAAUGCAUUGGGCUUCGCCGACGACGCCAACUUGGUCACGAAGCAGACGUGCGCGAAGGCAGUAGAGAAGCAGGCCAUCGACAUCCUCGCGUCCAUCGGCGAGACCGCCCACCAGGGUAAGACGGAACGCGUCGCCAUCGGUAAGAAAGGUACCGCUCUGCCUUGGAUGGCAGCCGCACAACGGAUACGGCCAAAAGACCCGAGGCAGCCCGCAACAUCUGGAGACCUCUUUAUCGAAAAUUGCCGCGAUUGGGGAUUUCACGACGAUUACGAGCGCAGGUGUGCGUGCAGGGCCACUGUGUAUGCAGCAUUAUUGUUCGGCGCCGAGAUCCGCGCGUUCUCGCAAACCGAGCUGGACCAAUACAGAUCCUUUCUCAAUCGCGUGCUCCGUGGAGUUAGCUACGACUCGCGUGCCAAGUUCGGUACCCUUCGCGACAUGGAGGGACAGUACACGAUGGUGGAUAUCAGAUUGAGCACCGGUUUGGGCGACGUCGAGACCAUGAUCGUGAAGAAGCAGUUGGGUUACAUAGGAGAAGCGGAGAAGGCGAAGGUGGCCCAGCUCCGCGACGCUCACAGAGCAGCGGAGACAACACGUCAGGAAACGCACGAGAAGCAGGUUUCGGAGGCCAAGGCUGCCAAGAAGGAUGUGCCCAGCAUCCCACCUCACCCUCGCGGCUCACUGCGCUCGCUGUUGUUCGCCCACUUGAUGGGGGAGAUCAACGAGGCCGUUCCUCAGGGCGCGGGGGCGCCGAAGGAGAUGGCCAAGUGGCUGGCUGGGUUGGUGGUCACGCAUGUCAAUCUCCUGGUGUUCCGCAUGAAGUCAGAGCGCAGGGGGCCGCGCGACGGGCGGCCGCGGGCGUGGGGGGCGCUGCGCUCCGACCAUCUCAGCGAAGAGGCAGGGAAAUUCCAUCAGGCCCUCGCUAUUGUGAUCGACUGGAGUCGCGCCAACAAAUCUACCGCAUCCAAGUCCACCCAGAUCGCUUCGAUGCACGCGCAGGCGGCUUGUUCCCGUGCCGCCUCGGCGGCUUUCGCCGCCUGGGCCUGCGCCGCCUCGGCGGCCCCUGCGGGUCGGCGCGACUGGGUGCCCUCGGAAUCCGCCCCUACCACAGCGUUGGUUGGCGGGAGGCUGGCUCUUUUGUUGCGGCGCGCUGGCCUGCUGGGGCUCGAAGCCAGGCGAAUUCACUUCUACGACGUUGAACUGUAUACCACGUUGACGCGGUCCACGAACCUGUCCAGCACAGGUCCACAUGCGAGAUCCUGGACUGGGCCUUCGAGCGCAUGCAGCUGGCGCUGCAAGCGCUGCACUGGCCGCGGCGCCAUGAAGUUCCACGUGACUGGCGAGGCGCUCGCUAAGGACAUGGGCGUUCCCAUUUCUGUGCUGGAGCAGACUCACAAGGGGCAUUUCGAGGCUGGUAAGAAGACCGAGAAGGGCCCGGACGGCGGCUCAUUCCCGGCCUACCACAGCGGCAAGUCUUGGGACGAGGCCAGCGGUAAGACGGGUUCGGGCAAGAAGUUCAACCACAACGUGAUCGACGGCCCCGCGGUGAAGAGCGAGCCCUUCUACGCGGCCAUCAUCUUGCCAGUGAUCCACUACUGCAUGGGCGGCCUCGAGAUCGACGCGGACUCCGCCUGCGUCGGCGCCAACGGCAAGGCCAUCCCGGGGCUGGAGGCGGCCGGCGAUGGCAACAAUCGCUUAGGGGGCAAUUCGUUGCUGGACAGCGUGGCGUUCGGCCGCGCGGCGGGCCCCGCCGCGGCCAAGUGCACGUUGGGCGCGGACUGCAAGCCCGCGAGCCUCAAGGACCUCUCUGGCGGAGGCCACGCCGGCGAGGUGACGGCGCCCAAGAACGCGGGCGGCUCGCACGAGGAUGGCAUGAACAAGGGCGCGGGCGGCGUCAAGGGCUACUCCAUGGAGGAGGUGGCCAAGCACGCCAGCAAGACUGACUGCUGGAUGGUCGCGGCUGGCGAGGUGCUCGACGCGACCUCGUUCCUGAGCCAGCGCCCAAGAGGCGAGCUGGCCAUCCUCGCGUUCGCCAGGGAGGACGCCACCGAGGAGUUCAACAUGAUCCAUCCUCCGGACCUGGCGAACGACAACCGCAACAAGAGGAUGGGCGAGUGCGGGCGCGUCCCGGGGCCCAUCGGGGCUCUGGUCUACAUGGUCAUCGCCUUCAUGAAGGAGGUCCUCUUCACGAUCUUCGGCCGGAAGAACUUCCAGUUCACCAACGACCACAUUGGCCCGACGCGCUCCGCAAUGUUCACGUUCAUCUUCAUCAUCACCCACGCAGUCGGCAACCUGCACGCGUUCCUCGGCCCGGACGACUUCAACGGAUAUGGAUACUUCUACGUCCGCCUCUUCUGGACGGGUUUCGGCUUCAACGCCAACAUCGUCGAGGAGUACAUCCUGCUCGCCUCGCUGCUCCACGUAGCCGUGGGCCUGAAGCGCACCUGGGACAUCUCGAUCAACUACACCAUCGCCUCUGGCAAGCUCAACAUCGCGAUCUCGGGCAUCACGCUGCUGACCUUCAUGAGCAUCCACUUUUUCCAGCUCCGCUUCGGCGACACGCAGCCGUUCGAGCUGUGCCCGCCACCGUGCCUAAUCAACGUGGCCACCCUGCUGGAGCCGAGGCUGAAUCUCUUCUGGGUCCACGGCGCCGACUGCGUCAAGGCGAGCGUCCGCGACAUCUACCGCAUGGAGUUCGAGGUCUUCCAGUCCCUCGGCUGGUGCCUCUUCUACAUCAGCGCCGUGGCCAUCUUCGCCGCGCACAUGCGCCUUGGCCGGCAGAAGACUGCCCCAGCGCCUGCGCUUGAGAUCCCCAAGCGUUUCCACAACAAGGCGAUUCACAUCGGCUACAUCGCGACGGCCUUCAUCGCGCUGGUCUACGUCAGCCCCCCGCCCUACGCGCACAUCUUCCCGAUGUCCAUCUACACGGAGCUCCCCAGGCUGGGCAUUUCCAAGCAGCUACGGGCGCGGGUGGUACAAGCUACGGUCCUGGCGGCGCUGUUGUUUGGCUCGGAGAUUCGGACCAUCUCCCAGGGCGAGAUCAACGAGUACCGCUCGUUUCUCAACAGAAUUAUUCGCAAUAUCUCAUACAAUGCAUACACUAAAGAAGGGGCUCUACGUGGUAUGUAG